UGUAGUAGAUCCACGGUUGAUCUCCGACUCCCUUGUUUCCAAGUGCACCCUGUGCAAGCAAACACUGAUCGCAAAGAAGCAAGGGCUUAUACUCAAAUCUCCUUCCGAAAAAGUCAAACGGUGAAAGGUUUUGUGGUCACUGCUUUAGAAUCAAUGGCAAAAGGUCAGCGGAAGCAGCAAGCUCUCUGCCUCGAGUGCGUCAAACGCCACAUUGGCUGCGUCACAGUAACCAGUUUGACGGUUUCUGUUACAGAAGAGUCAGCGCAGGUCUGGUUUGAGCGCUCGUUGCCUGCGGAUGCUUGGAGGCAGCAGAAGUCACUGCUGGGAGAGGAGAUUGUUGCCCUACAGGUGAAGGAGGAAGAAGCGCGACAUGAAUUCAGCGGGCGUUGCAGCGCAACUGCAGCGGAAACAGCGGUGAACAGAGGCCGCCAUGCUGGCGAGAUUCCGCGCAAGGCUCCAAUCCAGCCAAACCAGCAUAGCGAUGCCUCAGCACCAAACUCCUCAAGUGUCACCGCCCCCCGGACCCUUGCAGCUCAGGCGGCACAUUUUGUUGCCGGCAUUAGCUCAGGGCAGAUCGCUUUCUUUAGUGUCGGCGAGCAGAACUCUGCCAGCACAGUGUAUCUGGCAACUCCCUGGAACCACAACACAGGCACAGCAAAGGCUGUUGGGCGCCCUAGCAAGGCACGAGCCUUGCCAGAAACGGUGUACUGGGACACCAUGGGCAACGCAACCUGCAGCUGCGAUCGGGGGCGGCUGUACUUUGAGGCGCCAUGCGUUCACAAGCUUGCGCUUCAAGCGUUGGAGGUGCCAAGACGGGCAAGCCACAUCUCCCUGCAGCGAGGCCCGCGGGUGUCAGAAGUGCCGUGCGAAGGGGCGGGUGAGAGAGUGUGGGGGGUCUACUGGAAUGCAGGGUCCCCCUCGCCUCAUCGGACGAUGGUGCACUACAGCGCCGCUGAAGAGUUCCCGUGGUACUGCAAGGGGAGACAGAGCGGGUGCAGUAAAACAGCUGACUGCUCCCACAUACUGGAGGUCAAGCGUGCUCUGGAGCGCCCAGAAGGCCUGCACAGACCCGUCAACAGGUCGUUCACAGUGGAACAGCUGGAACGAGCCAAUGUUGUGCUCAGCUGCAACCUGAAGACUUUGGAAGUGGCUGAGGGCGAGCUGGAGGCGGAUGGUCCGGGGAUUGCUCGCUGUCUUGCGGAGCUCGGUGUUGGGAGCCACCAGGAAGCUGCUUGCAAAGGGGACAGCUGUUUUUGCAAGCUGUCGCCGCAGGUGUUCGACAAAUCUGGCCAACGGGCGGGUGCGGCUCCCUGCGCUGCAAGAUGUUGUAGCUCUUUGGCAGCAGCGGACAGGAAGAGAGGCCGGAAUCUAGAGCAGGCGGAGGCUGCUGCUGAAGAAGCUAGAGAAAAGAGACGGUCCAAGGCGUAUUGGGCAGCCAGGGAACAAGCCGCAGCCGGAGGCAUUGAUAAGGUUGCCUUUGGUGGAGUCCGCAAUGAAAAGCCCGGCGGAGCGGCGGUGAGCGGAGGGCGCAAGGAGAACGGGGCGUCAGCGGUGAGCGGAGGGUGCGAGGGGAACGGGGCGUUAGCGGUGAGCGGAAGGCGCGAAGGGGUUGGGGGGCCGGCGGUGAGUGGGGUGCACGAAGGGGUUGGAGGGGCGGCGGUGAGCGGAGUGCGCGAAGGGUUCGGGGGGCGGCAAGCUGAGCGCGGGGCAGUUUUUGUCGGCGCCGUGUCCCAGAGCAGCUCCAUCUUGCGAGACGCGCUGGACCGGGCUAUGGCAGUCAGGUUACAUCUUCUCACUGGAGUGGUCGCAAGAGGUCAAGGUCCGCAUCUACUGUUGCGCUUGCCCGGCUAA